UAUAAGACAUCAUCAUUCAGAGAAAUGUUUUUCUUGAGGAUCCAGAUUCAAACACAACAUUUUUCCAGAGAAAUAAAUUACAAGAAGCUUCUCUCUCAUCUUUAUGUGAGUUUCUGCAGCUUUCUCUGUGUAUUUGCAGUGGUGAUAAAUAAAGUGUCUCUGCAGAACACAGUAGAGGGUUUCAUUGGCAGUUCUGUUGUCCUGCCGUGUUCAUCAGCUAAACAUGAUUUUAAGCUUGAAGACAUUAAUGUGCACUGGAGACAGAAUGGCAGAAUACAUGUUUAUGACAUUAUUAAAGGCAAAGAUUUAAUGGCAGACCAGAACCCACAAUACAAGAACAGAAUCAAAACUUUCCCUGAGGAGUAUGUAAGAAGAAACUUCUCCAUCAAACUCAAUAAUCUCACCCAUGCUGAUGCAGGAGAGUUCAGCUGUUAUAUCACACACUCAUCUUAUUCUAAACAGGACACUGUACGGCUGUUCAUUAACGGUGUGUAAAAAUUGCAUACUGACAAGAACUGACAAUACUUCUACAGCAUUUAUUAAUCUUAGAUAAUGCUAAUUUCAGCAUUUAUGCAUUAUUCAAAUCACAAGUUGUGUUAUAGCAUUAUUUAAUGCACUGUGAACUAACAUGACAGUUCAAGAUUCAGUAGAAGGUCAAGAGUAAGAGAUCAAACAUUUCCUCUAAAGCAAAUGAUAGUCAACUGCACUAAUAUGCUUUAAAAAGACAACAGUAUCAGGUGCGCAUGUCUGAUCAUUUCACAUCGUCUGAUGUCACUUAUGUCUGAUGUCAUUGAGAAGCGCAUGCUGACAAGGAAUAUUUUACGCUACUGUGAACUUUAAACUGAACAUUUGUUUCGUUUAGUAAUGUGAAUAAACAAAAAGUGUCUUGAAAAAUAGUUUGUAAUACGAUUUCUGAUAUCUCUACAUUAUACAUUAUUAAAGAACAGUUGGAUGUCAUAUAAUCUUGCUGUGAAAAGAGCAGCAAUAAUUCAAAUGAUAAGCAAAUGCAAAAGACAGGA